AUGCGUAUUUCUACAUUAUCGUCCGCCACAUUGCUGGCAACGGCAUACGCUCACGAGCUGCUCUUUGAGCGUGAACUGCCUCCUGCGGUAGCCCUCAACCCAGACAACUACGCUUCAUGCGCGAAUGCCGCAUGGCCUCCCACAACCCCAGAAGUUGGAGUAGAGCUCAUCCCGCAAGCUCCUACCGACGAGCUCAAAGCGCUUUUAGACGAAGUCAGCUCCGCCAAAAUCGAAGCCACAAUCGAGAAGCUGGUUUCCUUCGGCACUCGUCAUACGUUAUCUACGCAGAACAGUAGCACCCGUGGCAUCGGCGCAGCACGCGACUGGAUUGCGUCUGAGAUGAGGAAGUACGCCGAAGAGUCGGAUGGGAGAAUGACUGUUACGGUGCCUGGAUACAUUCAAGGCGUUGCGACCAGGAUCCCGUUUCCGGUCAAAAUCUCGAAUGUGCUGGCGACUAUCAAGGGGUCGGCUACACCGGAGAGGGUGUAUGUGAUGACGGGGCAUUAUGACAGUCGAGUCACAGACAUCCUGGACUACACGUCUGAUGCUCCAGGUGCGAAUGAUGAUGCUAGUGGGACAGCAAUUGCCCUAGAACUAGCACGCGUUCUAGCGAAAGCAAAGCCCAGGUCAACUAUCAUCCUUGGUGCCGUAGCCGGCGAAGAACAAUCUCUCUACGGUUCUACAUUCCUAGCGCAGACCCUGAAAAACGCAUCCACAAACGUAGAAGGCAUGCUUAACUGCGACAUCGUCGGCUCUUCGACCGGUGACCGUGGCCAGAAAGACCCUUACACAAUCCGCGCCUUCGCACAAGGCCCGCCCUCGUAUGAAACCACCACCGUUGCAGCGCAGCGUCUGCAAAUCGGCGGGGAAAACGACUCGCCUGCUCGAGAACUUGCGCGCUUUUCUGCCGAGGUUGCCGCAAACGAUGCCACGGGCAUGAAUAUAGCCAUCAUCUAUCGACUCGAUCGGUUCUUGCGAGGCGGCGACCACAGGCCCUUCCUAGACGCGGGAUACUCAGCCAUCCGCUUCACGGAGCCGAACGAGAACUUCGACCACCAACAUCAAAAUACCCGUGUCCAAAAUGGCACACAAUACGGCGAUCUUAUCGAGUUCGUAGACUUCGAGUACACCGCUCGUGUGGGUAAAGUGAAUCUCGCCACGCUGUGGUCUCUAUCUCAAGCACCUGGAUAUCCCCGUAAUGUCACUCUUGACACUACUGCACUCGAUAAUAAUACGAGAUUGAAGUGGGUGGUACCUGAUGAUGCGGAUUUGAAGAGCUAUGAAGUCGUCUGGAGGUCUACGACAGCGAGUGUCUGGACGCAUGUUUUGGAUGUUGGCAAGGUGGGGAGUGUAACUAUCCCGCUCAGCAAAGACAACGUGAUCUUUGGUGUCAGAGCAGUGGGUACGAAUGGUUUUAAGAGUACGGCGACGUAUCCGUUUCCUGCUGCGACGUAA